AUGGUGGACCAGUUGGAUUCUGAGUCGGCACCUCAGAGGAAACGCAUUGCUGUGGCAUGCGGUCGCUGCCGCAAACGAAAGAUCCGAUGCAGUGGUGAUCCGGGCCACGGCCAUCCAUGCACUAACUGCAAGAACGCGGGAGUGGAAUCAUGUCAAUUCCUAAGGGUGUCAUCUCGAGAAGCGCCCCUGCGCCAUGAGAACGGGGAAUUUGUUUACAGCGUCGGAGAUGCUCGGGCCUACGCCAGCCGAACCCCCGUAACCCAUGGGCUCCCAUACCCCCACGACUUGCCAGGACUAAACUCGGGCGAUGGGUUGGGUUCGUACCGUGGCCCUGGGUCAGGGUACCCAUAUACACCGGCAACCAAAGCCUAUUAUCCCGCCAUGCACGCAUAUGGUGCUCCCUAUCCCGAGGACUUCGAGUUCGGACUUGGAGUGGCAUCUCCGCCAGUGAUGCACCCGGAAUCUGUUGGUAUGAUGCCUGGCCAUUGGAGCUCUGGGGGGCCGCGGGCCAAAGCACCUGUGUUCGGCAGCAUGCCGUACAUGGAAUCGGAAGGGACCUAUGGUGGUUACGGCGGCUCGGGUUUGCUUCACCGGCCAUCGCACUCGGCGGCCUCGGACUCUCCCAACUUUUCCUUUUCAGGCGUCGCGGCGUCACUACCGCUAUCCAGCACGCCAGGCCCGGACCGAUUACUGCCUAACCCUACCGGACGAUCUUCUACUCUGCCCUAUCCGGGGCCCAUCAAGCCACCACCGACUUCCAGUCUCGCGGCGAGCACCCUCGCCGACGUAGCAACGGCUGCCAGCUAUGCGGGCGGUUUCGAGACGAACGGCCUCUCGUUUUCCUCGGCCACUAGCAGCAGCCUCUCCAGUCACCCAUCGUCCUCGUCUCGCUCCAACUCGGACAGCUACUCCGGACCUGAGAGCCUUUUUAACGAGCAGGAACGCGGCAUUCAGAGCCAGGGUUCAGCGUUCGACAUGGGUGGUUACACGGCCUCCCCUCACCGCAAUUCCGGGGUUGGUGGUUCGGGGAAUGGCCACGGUUAUGUCCCCGGCGAGAGCUCCCAUGAGGCCGCGGCCCAUCACCACGCCUCUUCACAGCGCCACAUGCCCUCGAAUUACAUGAGCGAUUCCCCCUCGAGCCCCAUCGCCCACCGCCAUGGCCAGGCUCUGGCGUCGGGGAGCAGCGCUAGCCAUGCUGCGCACGCAGAUGACCGGCAUGUUGCUGUGGCUAACCGUCAUUGA